AAUGCAAGUGGCAACCGCAGCAGCAGCAUCCAUCUUCUUCACCCGCCCGGUGCCUCGGCCGCUCGACGCCGCCGCCCAGACGCCGAGCCGCCGUCACAGGCUCCGCGCCGCGGGUAGCUGGGGAAGCUGCCGCCACCCUGCCUGCCGCCGCCAACAAUCUCCUUAAUUUUCUUCACUCGCGCCUGCACCAAUCCAGAUCUGACUGAGUUCUCCUCGCCGUCCGUCGAGGCUUGGAAUGAACUAGUUUGGGUUUACCUAGAAAAAGGGAUGGCACUGGAUCUCAGUUCAUUGGAGAUGGUGGCCCUGCUGGAGACGCCAACUGGUUUCGCUUUCUUCCAUGUCUACGAGAAUUUAUGCAAAGGACCAAAGAAUCUGUGGUCGUGGUUUAUCAAUGAUGAAGUUGCUGAUAAUGUUAUCUUUCUGCUUGAGUUCAUAAAGUUUGAAGACAAGUCUGUUGCGUGGAAAAGUGGUGGUCCAGGUUUGCUUCUUACUCGUGCAAUCAAAAAAUACUGUGGCAAAAGCAUACAGCUGAUUGUUGGGGAUGUAGAGCUUAGAGGUGUCAUCAAGUCCAAUUUGAAUGUCAAGUGCUUUGAAAACGAGGAUGUUAUUUUUGAACUGAUGUGGGGGUUAAAGCAUGUUCUGUCUUAUUACGUUCGCCAAGAAAGAGGCAACAUCACUCUCGAGUAUCGUCUCCCAUUAUCUCAAGGACUUAAAGACUGCAUGAGUAAAUAUGAAGUCAUUAUUCCUACAGAAGCAAUUGAUAGAACAUUUGUAGGCUGUGCUAGUGCAUUGCAUCGAUGUGAUGUACUGUUGGAGCAUUACAGAAAGAGGCUGCCUGAGAUAUGUGAACCGUUUCUUCCUGGUAUUCGUGAAAUUGUCAAUGGUGACAUACCCUAUGCAGAAGUUGUGGCAAAGAUUCUGACCCCUGACAGGGUUCAAGAUUGUAAUCCCUUCGAGGGGUUGUCGGAUGAUGUGGUAAAGAAGAUAAAGGAUGUUGCAGCAAACAAUGCAGGAAAAAAGGUUGAUCGUGCCAAGCAUCGUCUUAUAUAUGGCAUUGCUCGUGAUGUUAGGAAAUUUCCAGGAUAUAGAACGGAUUUGCUUCAGACACUCAAGUCUUUGGCUGAUAAACGUUCUGGUCGGCAAAAGAGGAGCCAAACUGAGAUACUUAACGGACAAGCGGCCAAGAUGGAUACCGUGCUGGUGCUAAUGCUAAUGGUGUAUGCGUGAAAAAAGCGAGGCAAGAGGGUGAUGGUGUUAGGGCCCAGGAGCCGGCCCAGGCGUAAGCACAGGCGCCAGGCCCGGCGUGGAUCACAUACCAACGUCGGCGGCGACACACGUAUGGCUAGAAGGCCACAAUUUUAUUUCCUUAGAUGUUUUAGUUAUAUUUUCAUAAGUUGGUUGUGAUACUUUGUAAGUUAAAUACCCCUAGAUUCAUUGGGAAUCAGGCAAGCAAGGCAUUAAUCUU